AUGUCCCCAUUGAACGUCGGUAUUGUUGGUACAGGUAUUUUUGCCAAAGAUAGGCAUUUACCAUCCUAUCAGGAAUUCCCUGAUCAAUUCAAAGUCGUUGCUGCAUUCAACAGGCAUAAAGCCAAGGCUCUGGAUUUCGGGAAGAUUGCUAACAUCCCUGAAAACAAAAUCUACGACAACUUGGACGAAAUUUUGAAUGAUCCGCACGUGGACUACAUAGACGCUUUGCUACCUGCUCAAUUUAAUGCCGGGAUUGUUGAAAAGGCCAUCAAGGCAGGUAAGCCAGUGAUUUUAGAAAAGCCAAUUGCCGCUAAUUUAGAACAAGCGAAAGAGAUAGUCAAGUUGGCAGACUCCACCCCACUACCUGUCGGUGUGGCUGAAAAUUGGUUAUAUCUAUCUUGUAUCAAAACAGCCAAGGAACAAAUCAAAAAAAUUGGGCCUGUUGUAGCGUUCACUCACAAUUCGACUGGCCCAUUUGUCACUGAUAAUAAGUAUUUAGCUACCACUUGGAGACAAAAACCGGAACACAUUGGUGGAUUUUUGUCCGACGGUGGUGUCCAUCAACUGGCUCUCGUCAUUUCCCUACUGGGUGAAUUUGGGUCUGUUUCCGCGUUGACCAGACAAGUACGUGAACGUUCCGGUGCUGAUGACAUCGUCUUUGCUACCGUUCAGUUAAAGAAUGCAGACGUAAUCGGAAGUUUCACUUAUGGUUCUGCGUUUGGUGCCACUGAGAAAUCGGUAUUCUUGAAAGUUUAUGGUAAAAAUGGUACUGUUACGGUCGAUUUGUCGGAUAAGAAUGACCCUGUUGUGAAAGUCAAAUUAGGCGGUUCAGCUGAAGAUAAUGGCAAAGAACAAAUCUUAAAAGUCGACAAUGAUGAAAGUUUCGGUGUCAACGCUGAAUUUCUAAAUUUCCACGAAGCUGUCAGCAAGAAGGACAAGUCGUUAUACCUGGGCACACCAAGAAUUGCCUUCCAUCACUUGGCCUGCGUUGAUGCAUUCUUGAAAUCCUCUGCCAAGAAUGGCGAUCACGUCAAAAUCGAGCAGCCAUGA